AUGCACCUUUCUCUAUUGUUUGUCCAUGUCGCGUUUGGAGUCCAACGGGAGCCGUUUGUUGAGGGAGGACUAGGAGUUGUACGGGACAGUCUUUCGCCAGGUUCUCUGAAAUACGUCUUGAAAGAUGAAGGUGACGAGUGGCAAGAGGAACGAUCCUUUGGUAUGGGAGAUCCAGAGCACGAGAUCUAUAGUCCUGACUGGUAUCUUCGAGCGGCCGCCCAAGUCAAGAAGUCGGAGCCAGUGGAGAAUCCGCCGAAAUCCGAUGAUAGUUUGUUCGCUCUGGAGAAAUUUGACUUUGCCAGAAUAAAAUCCCUGAGUGGGAAAGGUACCUAUCGAGACUUCACCCAUACCUGGCCUCGGCCCGACGGGCUUGCCUCGAUCGCACACGUGUUUGUAAAUAGCGCAGAGGAAUACUAUAUAUAUUAUCCAGGCGCAAAUCAUAAUGCUGGUAAAGGAGAACUGCACGCGAACAAGGCGGGAACCCCGUUACCUCCUAGGAUCCUGAAAACGCUGGAGAUCAAGAUGGCGGAUUACGCCAGGGAGCAGACGAAGCUGGUAGUGCAGAAAUACCAUCUGGAUCUUCAAACGCUGCAAAAGUUCGGUAUCAUUUAUCACAUGAGGCUGCGAUUUGAUUAUACCUGCAGUCAGUUGAGCCAUCUGAGCACCGGACGACGUCAGACCCGGCGUCUGGCCUCCAUAUUUGCGGACGUGAAGGCGGAGGUCCCGCACAAGAGGGCUUUGGAAGCUGCGAGGGAUCUGAUCAGAAAGAAUCCGCUGUUUAACAAGAAGGCCGAGUUUCAAGGCAAAGAGGUUGUGGUUGAGGAUUUUGUGCAGCUGCCAUCAAAGCUGCCUAUGGUGUUUUUGGGUUAUAUCGGUGACGACUUCAUCCCUCUGGAAGGUCAGCAGACUCAGCCCAGCAGCCCCGCGGAGGCGGAUCUCCAGGUCGAGAAAAACUUGAGCUUCUUGAGAUUCAACCAGUUCACGAGCCAGGUGCGCGAUUCGACCAUGGGCAUGAUGGGCAAAGCGUUAUUCCGUCCGAAAAAAAUCGAUGCCGACUAUGAAAAGCUCCUGUUGCCUGUGGGCGCUGGUUACUCAGUGCUGAACGCUGUCAGGACCCCGCCCAACGACUUGGACUUCCUGCUCCAGACGACGCGGUCGGGCGCAGCGGUUGGUGGAACCGCGCACGUUUCGGGGACGUGCUCUGAACAAGAGCUAUAUGAGGCGGAAGUAAUUGCCGACAUUUGCAUCCAAACGCCCCACCCUCAGGGUUUGUAUCCCUUCGAACGUUUCUGGGUACAGUGCCGUGGGUGGUAUCCCAAGUUCACACUCGCCUAUGUCGUGCACAACACCGCAGACAACAUCCAAAACCGUCGGCCCAACACGCUCAGCAUUCGCCAGUGUACUGAGCACGGCUGGGUCAGCGUCGAUCACCUCUUCGCCCGCCAGACUCCACAGGAAUUCAUGAUGGUAUGCAAUGCUGCUAAGACCAACAAAAUACUUUACCAGUUCGCACCCACGGCGUGGUCUAAAAACCUCUUGCCGUCCGCUCAAGGAUCCAAACAAGCGCUGGCAGAAGUAGCAUCUGGACCAGAUGUGUACAGUCGAGAUCUCAAGCACUUUCAUUCACCAACUUCGACAAAUCUGAAAAAAGAGUGGUGA